AGGGGAAGGAGGCGGGGCUGAACCAGCGCAAAGAUGGCGGCGGCCUUAGACGAUGAAUUAGAGUUGGAUAACCAAGACUAUUAUUCUCUUCUCAACGUCAGGAAAGAGGCCACUCAGGAUGAGCUGAAGGCCUCCUAUAGGAGGUUGUGUAUGCUCUACCACCCAGACAAACACAGAGACCCAGAGCUGAAGAGUCAGGCAGAGCAGCUAUUUAACCAGGUGCACCAAGCCUAUGAGGUGUUGAGUGAUCCUCAGUCCAGGGCCAUCUAUGACAUCUUUGGGAAGAAAGGCCUGGAGGUGGAGGGCUGGGAGAUUGUGGAGAGGAAGAGGACCCCAGUAGAGAUCCGUGAGGAGUAUGAGCGGCUGCAGCGAGAGAGAGAGGAGAGGAGGCUACAACAGAGGACCAACCCCAAGGGUACCAUUAGCGUGGGAGUAGAUGCCACAGACCUGUUUGAUCGCUAUGAUGAGGACUUUGAGGAGAUGCCUGGAGGAGGAUUCCCUCACAUUGAGAUCAACAGGAUGCACAUCUCCCAGUCUAUAGAGGCUCCGUUGACUAACUCUGACACUGCAAUGCUGUCUGGCUCUCUCUCCACACACAACGGCAACGGAGGAGGCAACAUCACCAUGACUGUCCGCCGUGUCACCUCUGCCAAGGGCUGGGGAGAGUUGGAGUUUGGUGCAGGGGACAUACUGGGACCUCUGUUUGGGAUGAAGGUGUUCCGUAACCUGACUCCACGAUGUUUCCUGACUGCUCAGUGUGGUAUGCAGUUCUCUCCCCGUGGCGUGCGUCCCAGCUGUUCUUUAAUGACAGCUCGUCACCUAGACCAGAACACGAUGGGUUACCUGCAGUGGCGAUGGGGACCGCACAGCUCUAUGACCACUAGUGUGGUCCGAGACACCAAGACCAGCCACUUCACCCUGGCACUGCAGCUGGGUGUCCCUCACUCCUAUCUGAUGAUGAGUUACCAGUACAAGUUCCAGGAUGAGGACCAGACCAAGAUCAAGGGAUCGAUCAAGACUGGAUGGUUUGGUACAGUGGUGGAGUAUGGAGCAGAGAGGAAGAUCAGUCGGCACAGUGUCCUGGCUGCUACUGUCAGUGUCGGAGUGCCACAGGGAGUCACCCUCAAAAUCAGGUUGGCUCGUGCCAAUCAGACCUAUCUAUUCCCGGUCCACCUGACAGACCAGCUGCUGCCCAGUGCAGUGUUCUACGCCACUGUGGGGCCUCUACUAGUCUACAUGGCCAUACACAGACUGGUCAUUAUACCAUACACAUGCUCCCAGAAACAACAAGAUCUGGAGCUACAGAGGAAGAGCUCAGAAGUAGACAUGGUCAAGAAGAAACAAGAGGCGGAGUCAGCCGUUCUGCUGAUGCAGGAGUCUGUGAGGAGAAUCAUCGAGGGAGAGGAGUCUAAGAUGGGUCUGAUUAUCCUGAAUGCGUGGUAUGGAAAGUUUGUGACAGACAACAGCGCACGCCAAGAGAGAGCUCAGGUUAUAGACGUUACUGUCCCUCUGCAGUGUCUGGUCAAGGACUCCAAACUCAUACUCACUGAGGCAUCAAAGGCGGGGUUGCCAGGUUUCUAUGACCCGUGCGUAGGAGAGGAUAAGAGUCUGAAGCUGCUGUAUCAGUUCAGGGGGGUGAUGCACCAAGUCCUCUCAGCAGACACUGAGGCUCUACGGAUACCUAAGCAGUCUCACAGAAUCGAUGCUGAGGCGUAGGAACCCUCUGUUCUGGGAGCAACAAGGGGCAAGUGGAGACAGACAGAUGCAGACAGACAUUGACAGAAGGACUGACAAACAGAGGUCGAGAGACAAACAAAGUGAAUAGAAAUUCUCUCUUUACACAUCACAUUUAUGAAUUCAGACAUGAGUUCCUCUUCUCUCUCCGCUCUCAAAACCCACUAGAUUCCUCUGUUUUAGCCAUUGUAGUUUCCACUGUGUGUGUCUGUGUCUGUAUGUGUGCGUAUAAAAUGUACUGAAAUCCCUCCCUCAUCUCCUCAGAAAGGUGCAAUAUGACUCACGGUGUACAUAUCAGUGAAGUCUGCUACAGUUAAUAUUGUAUAACUAAUAUACCACUGUACUAUACUAGUUGUACUCAUGUUUUACACUACUAACUCAUGCAUUACGGUUAGAACAGAACUAUGCAUGAAAACGUGUUCAUCAGUACCACUAUAUUGACACCCACUUGAAGGCAAAAAAAAAUAUUGUUUUGUUAAUAAUUUACAUAUUAUUAUUAUGCCUUGGAAGCGAUGUGUCUGCUGCUGUUGUUGUGUGGGGCAGGGUCUAAUUAUCUGGGUGCCAGUCAUUCUAAUAACACAUAAGGGCACACCCAUAAGGGUUGAAAAGAAUUAUGAGAAUAUUAACACUCGUCUAUUUUUAAGGCACCCCCAGUAGCCAAUGUGUGAUUGGAGCCCUGGAAGGCUGGUUUGAGUUGAUAUGAUUGAGAUGGAUGCUGGGGAAGCACUGCCUGAGCAACAGUGAAGAGUAGAGAGAAAGUCCAAUGAUGUCAUUCAGUGCCUUCGGAAAGUAUUCAGUAUUUUCCACAUUUUGUUACGUUACAGCCUUAUUCUAAAAUGUAUUAAAUAAAUAAAGAUCCUCAGCAAUCUACACACAAUACCCCAUAAUUACAAAGUGAAAACAGGUUUUUAGAAAUGUUUGCAAAUGUAUUAAAAAUAAAAAACAGAAAUACCUUAUUUACAUAAGUAUUCAGACCCUUGGCUAUGAGACUCGAAAUUGGGCUCAGGUGCAUCCUGUUUCCAUUGAUCAUCUUUAACAUGUUUCUACAACUUGAUUGGAGUCCACCUGUGGUAAAUCCAAUUGAUUGGACAUGAUUUUGAAAGGCCCACACCUGUCUAUAUAAGGUCCCACAGUUGACAGUGCAUGUCAGAGCAAAAAACAAGCCAUGAGGUUGAAGGAAUGGUCCGUAGAGCUCACAACAGGAUUGUGUCGAGGCACAGAUCUGGGGAAGGGUACCAAAACAUUUCUGGUCCCCAAGAACACAGUGGCCUUCAUCAUUCUUAAAUGGAAGAAGUUACGUGUGGCUCAGUUGGUAGAGCAUGGCGCUUGCAACGCCAGGGUUGUGGGUUCAAUUCCCACGGGGGGACCAGGGUUCAAUUCCCACGGGGGGACCAGGAUGAAUAUGUAUGAACUUUCCAAUUUGUAAGUCGCUCUGGAUAAGAGCGUCUGCUAAAUGACUUAAAUAUAAUAUAUAUAUAAAUAUAUAAGUUUACAACCACCGAAACUCUUCCUAGAGCUGGCCCCGUGGCCAAACUGAGCAAUCGGGGGAGAAGGGCCUAGGUCAGGGAGGUGACCAAGAACCUGAUGGUCACUCUGAUAGAGCUCUACAGUUCCUCUGUGGAGAUGUGAGAACCUUCCAGAAGGACAACCAUCUCUGCAGCACUCCACCAAUCAGGCCUUUAUGGUAGUGGCCAGGCGGAAGCCACUCCUCAGUAAAAGGCACAUGACAGCCCGCUUGGAGUUUGCUAAAAGGCACUUAAAUACUCUCAGACCAUGAGAAACAAGAUUGUCUGGUCUGAUUAAACCAAGAUUGAACUCUUUGGCCUGAAUGCCAAGCAUCACGUUUGGAGGAAACCUGGCACCAUCCCUACAGUGAAGCAUAGUGAUGACAGUGUGGGGACUGGGAGACUAGUAAGGAUUGAGGCAAAGACGAACGGAGCAAAGUACAGAGAGAUCCUUGAUGAAAACCUGCUCCAGAGCACUCAGGACCUCAGACUGGGGCGAAGGUUCACCUUCCAACAGGACAACAACCCUAAGCACACAGCCAAGACAACACAGGAGUGGCUUCGGAGGAGUGGCUCCAAUCGAACAUCUCAUGAGAGACCUGAAAAUAGCUGUGCAGCAACGCUCCCCAUCCAACCUGACAGCACUUGAGAUCUGCAGAGAAGAAUGGGAGAAACUCCCCAAAUACAGGUGUGCCAAGCUUGUACCGUCAUACCCAAGAAGACUCUAGGCUGUAAUCGCUGCCAAAGCUUAGUAAAGGGUCUAAAUAAUUAUGUAAAUUCUUAGAAAUGUGCUAAAAUGUCUAAAAACCUGUUUUUGCUUUGUCAUUGUGAGUUUUUGUGUGUAGAUUGAUGGGGGAAAAAAUGAUUGAAUCAGUUUUAGAAUAAGGCUGUAACGUAACCAAAUGUGGAAAAAGUCAAGCGGUCUGAAUACUUUCCGAAUGCACUGUAUACAUCAUGGUGUAUAUACAUUAUUUAUAUAACAUUUAUGAGAAAGCAUCUGUAUGUACAUCUGUCACUGUCAAUGGAAACAUGCAAGUGGGAUGCAGUGGGACUAUUGUACUUUUAUGUAUACAUUUAUUUGUUAAGACCUGGUCAGAUCAGAUCAUCAAAAUUAUGAUGGUGAUGAAGAAUAUUCUAAUUAUUUGUCAGUCCUUUGUUAUGUGCCAUACCUUUAGUUUCCAUGGUAAUAUUGUUUGUCCCUGUUGUCUUGUUUAUAUAGCUGUUUGUAAUACUAUAGAUAGACCAAACAGACACUGUUCUACUUAACAUUGACUGACAGUGUUGGUCCUUUCUGUCUCUCUCUGUGAAGGCAAUAUACUGUAUAGGCUAUUGAUGAGUGACAUAGUUGAACUCAAAUCAGUAAAUGUACUGUUAUGCAUUUUUGUCAAUGUAUAGGCAAAGGUUAAAAUAGUGUUUUUUCAGUGGUGGAAACUGGAGUUCUGUCAACACAGUUCUGUUUCAUUUCCACUGUAUGCUGUCCCCUAUCCUACAGUGCUGAAACCCCAUGUACAGGUCUGUGUAGUCAGCACACAGGAUCUAUUCUAUGUCAUGUAUUUGAGCAGAAAUGGACCUACCCCCUCAGGUGUUUUGCCCUAGAGCGGAGUCAGGUUAUCGGAUUGUUAGUAACUGUACUUGCCUGUCUCUUCUUACCAGUUAAGAUUUUGUGAACCUCAUUUGUGAAUGAGGUUGACUGACUCAAACACCCUUUACAGAAUGAGGCAAGAACAAGCAAACAUUCACCCCAUUUGAGACACUAAACACGUUGCUGCCUCCAUUAAGGAUGUUUGCUCAUCAUGUCCCCUUUGCGUGCCGUUAGCCUCCAUGUUAGUCGGCCCUGCCACUAGUCACCCACUCAUCGCUGUUCUUUCAGCCACUCUGGCACCACCCUGAGGUCAACAGAGAGACUACUCUCCACUGUUACAUUCCUGCCCUGGCCAUGACUCAAACUGUCUAAAAUUGAUGUGUGUGGAGCUAGUGGACUAUGUAGUAAUGUAAAGAUAUUACAAUAAAUAAAAAGAUGAGCCACUGA